AUGUCUGCUGAUAAUGAUAAAUGUUUUGCUGUUUUCUUUCAAGAAGAUCAGGAUGCUUCGAGGCCUUUUCCUUUACCAUUAUUAGGAAAUUUACAUCAACUCUUUUAUCAUCGUUUUAAUACUCCAUUAUGGUUUAGCUCAUUACACUUAAAAUAUGGUGAUGUGUUUGAAAUUUACAAUGGAUCUAAAAGACAAUUGAUCACUAACAAUCUACAAAUCAUUGAACAUGUCAUGAAGCCAGUGAGAAAUAGUAAUUAUUUGUCACGUGUUCCACCUAAUGAAGGACUAGAUGUAUUGGGAAAAAGCAGUAAAGGAAUUGUUAUGAAUAGAGACAUAAACAAAUGGGCUUAUAAUAGAAGAAUAUUCAUUAGAGCUGUAAUGGCUCCAAAUGCAUUAAAGUUUUCAGCUAAUCUUGUAAAUUGUGUUUUUAAAGACUUAGAAAUUUAUUGGGAUUCUUUAAUUGAUGAAAUGGGAGAAUCUAUUAUAAAUCAAGAAAUUCAUCAAAAAAAAGUAUUGGAAAUUGAUCUUGUGCCUUGGAUUACAAGAAUUUUCACCGAAAAUAUAAUGUUAUUAGCAACAAACAGACCAUCUAAUACAUUAUUGAAUUAUUAUAAAAUCAGUAAAAAAGAUUCCAACAUAAUUAAAACUGCUGAAGAUGAAUAUUUAGAUAGUGCAAAAUAUGUACUAAUUUGUAUAAGAUAUUAUAUGAUGUCAACACAAGGAUCAACAUAUAGGAUGAACCUUGAGACUGUUGAUCCCUAG